AGAAAAAAAGUUUUUCACAUGAGUUGGUGUGAUCAGUGGAGAGUGCAGGCUUUCUUUCUCCUGUCAUUCAUUCAGGGAUUUUUGUGUGAUGAUAUUUCGUUAAUAAUUAAGAAAGAAAACGAAUCACAUUUUCUCAGAAAUGACGGGGUUUCAACAGAUCCGAUGGAUAUGAACAUGAACCUGGCAACACCAUCCGCAGCCACAAACCCAGGAGAUGAGGAUAACCCAACCAUAAUCAAUGGUGAAAUAGUCACUUCCAGGCCAGAUUAUGCAUACAUGGCACGCUUGGAUGUGUUCUUUCCAACUUUGAGUAUUGCCAAGUGUGGUGGCUCUUUGAUCUCUUCAAGAUGGAUUCUGACAGCUGGACACUGCACCAGAACCUUUGGAGCUCUAGUUCCUGGAAUAUUUGCAUGGGUCACACUUGGGGACCUGAAGAGGAUUGAUUAUGAGAAGACUGAAGUUUUUUCAAUUGGCUUUCCAAAGGCAAACCCUUUGUUCUGGUAUGAUGGAGCAACUACAGUCAGGAAUGAUAUAGGUCUUGUGUGGCUCCUGUUUGAAGCAAAACUGGGUACUCAAGUCCAGCCAAUUGCUUUGCCACCUGAUGAUUGGACCCGCUCUGCCGGUGAUAUUGUGGAUGUGUCUGGAUGGGGGAUUAACAUCAACUUUCCUUUGGCCACAAAACUGAAUCUGAGUCCGGUUUCGAACGAAUUACGCCAUGGAAAUUUGAAAAUCGUGGAUGACUCAAGAUGCAACGAGUUGGGCUAUGGAUUUGAUGGCUCGCAAAUGGUUUGCAUUGGCGACAGUGACAAAGGAACAUGUCAGGGUGACAGUGGUGGUCCUGUGGUCUGGUAUUCCGCAAAUACCCAGAAAUGGCAUGUGAUCGGAAUUGUGAGUUGGGGCCAGUCGGGUUGCAGCACCAGUGCCCCUUCCGUAGCAACUGACGUCCACUCUUUCCUUCCGCAACCACCUCAAGCCCACCCUGGGACGCCAAUAGGCAAGGGAACAGAUGGAUUGCGAAUGCGAGGGGAUAAAGUGGACGGCUUAUGGAACCUGAAGCAGGUGGUCAGAGGCACCGUGAGAACCUUGCACAACGCCGACCGAAAUCACAGCCUGUUUCAGCUGAAUCCCAAGGCCGCCAAGCACAACCUGGAGCUUGCUGAAGCUCAGCUGGACAACCUGGAAUCUUGGGAAGAGGCAGUGCGGGAUUGCGACUACGUGUUGCACGUGGCAUGUCCGUUCCCUGGCCCACUGGCCCAGCUGUCGGCCAGGGCCAAGUCCGAGGUGCAGCAAGCCGCAGUGGAAGGCACGCUGAACGUGCUCAGGGCCUGCGCCACUCAGAACCCUAAGCGCCUCAAGCGUGUGGUUCUCACCAGCUCCACCGUUGCUGUCGGCUCUGUGAAGGGUUCUUUCCCAUUGCAGGACUAA